AUGGUUUCCUCAACAUCAGCAGCAUCAUCUAUGUUGAAGGAGAUUGGCAUGUCACAGCUGGGUGAUCAAAAGAGGGUGCUUGUCACUGCUGCCAAAGGGAAGGCAGCAUACAAGGCAGGCCUUAUCACUGCUCCUGCACCUCCUCUUCUUCCUAUUCCACCUGCCCCUUAUUCCUAUCUUUCGCCCCCAGCAACCCCCUCCUUCAGCCCUCCUUCCCCAAGCAAUACAACCAUCCACAUCCCUCACAAACCAAAGAGAUGCCAAAAAUUCUGCCACCAGCUUCUCUUCAGCAGCAAGCACACCUGCACCAAAGAAGAGGAAUGUGGCAGCCUUGCAAGUUGCAGCCAUAUCAAUCUCCAUCCUGAGGAGAAGAAACAGCACAUCAAGGAGAAGAAGGUCAAGAAAGCAGAAGUGAAGAGGCAAAAGAAAGAAGAGGAUGCAGUACAGAAGGCUGAGAGGGAUGCACUUCUUCAUCUCCAGCCAGAGCCCAUCUGGGAUUCAUGGUUCAAGAUCAAACUCAAGCACCUCAUAGCCACCCAUCCUGACCUGUACUCAACCAUGAAAGGGACAUGUGAAUGCUGCAAUGCAACAGCCAAGCUUGCCCAGUGA